AUCUACGUCACAAUCUCGGCCGAGUGGUCAACAAUCGAUUUCAGUAAAAUUGAAAAUAAUGAGGUCUACAAACCAACUAAUAACUUCACAAAGCAAAUAAAUCUGCACACAGAAGCUUAUGGCCAAAUCAUAUGGUUAACCUACGGCGGCCAUUUUUAAAUGGGCAUCAGUUCAUUUUGACAGAUCGUUUCCCUUAUUUUAAUAAUCUAGGUGAUCUGUGGUUAUACCGAGUAUAUAAUCUUUGGUUAUACCACUAGUCUUGUGAAUGUUUAUAAAAUCAUAUUUACUUAUAUCUAAUAAAAUGUCUGCAGUAUUUAAGAAUUCAAAAAAGAAAAUAAACCAGUCAGAAUUAAGAAAAUUAAUGAAUGAUCAUAAAAUAAAAGUGAAAGAUAUUAAGAAAAUUGAAUCACCACUUGCAAAAUAUAAUGAUCAAGGCCAGUUAACUUGUGUACUUUGUAAUUGGAUAGUACGCUCUGAAUCUGUAUGGCCAUUACAUAUAAAUUCUAAAAAACACAAAGAAAAUAUUGAAGUAGCUAAGAAGUUCAAAGAAAGAACAAAUAAUUUUACAAAAUCUUUAAAGAGACCUUUAACUCCACCUCCAGAAGUCCCCGAGAAGAAAAUCAAAGGUAUUUUAAAGAAUACAAAAUCUGAAGCAAAAAAACUUGUUGGAGAUAAAAAUGAUUCCCUCCCGAAAGAUUUUUUUGAUUCUAAGCUUAAAAGUGGAAAAACUGUAGAUGUAGCUAAUAACUCAAGUAAUAGUGAAGAAAUGGAUAUUGCUGUAGUAGAGGAGAGUAAAGAUAUGCUUCCAGAAGGAUUUUUUGAUGACCCUAAGCUGGAUGCAAAGGCACGAAAUCAGGAAUACAAAGAUCCCGUUGAAGAAGAGUGGGAAAGAUUUUUGAAAGUUAUAAAGGAAGCCGAUAAUGAGAGUAAUGCCAUUAUUGCUGAAGAUCAAGAAGAGGCUACUACUGAGAGACAAAUUGAUGAAAUUGAUGAACAAAUGAAAAAAUUAUCAAGGGUUCUUGAUUUGGAAAAGAAGAAGCAAGAGGUAGUUACACAUACCAAUGAAUCUAGAAAUCAGACUGUCAGUGUAGAUGAGGCUGAAGAUUUAGAAGAGGAAUUUGAUGAAUUUUUAGAUUGGAGGGAAAAGAAAUCCUUCAAAUAAUUAGGUCCCUCUGAUAAUUUUUUUAUAUUAAUUUAUUGUAUAAAAUCAGAAUAUAUUUACUAAUUUCUUAA